AUGUCGAUGCUCGGAACCGUCGCUAAGCAGCUCAAGAACCACCCAGCUUUGAUCCCCUUGUUCAUCUUCAUUGGUGGUGGUGCAACCAUGAGUGUUCUGUAUCUUGGCAGACUUGCGCUGAAGAAUCCUGACGUCUCCUGGGAUCGCAAGAACAAUCCUGAGCCUUGGAACAAAAUAGAGCCUAAUCAGCAGUACAAGCUUUUCGCAAUAAACAUGGACUACUCCAAGAUGAAGAAGGACCGACCUGAUUUCUAA